CGCCGCCGCCGCCCGCCCGCCCGUCCGUCCGCCCGCCCGCCGCCCGUCCUCGGCCGACAUGGCCACCCGCUCCUGCCGGGAGAAGGCCCAGAAGCUGAACGAGCAGCACCAGCUCAUCCUGGCCAAGCUGCUGCGCGAGGAGGACAACAAGUACUGCGCCGACUGCGAGGCCAAAGGUCCACGAUGGGCUUCCUGGAAUAUUGGCGUGUUUAUCUGCAUCAGAUGUGCUGGAAUCCACAGAAACCUUGGGGUUCAUAUAUCAAGGGUCAAGUCAGUCAACUUAGAUCAAUGGACACCAGAACAAAUACAGUGUAUGCAAGAUAUGGGAAAUACCAAGGCGAGAAUACUUUAUGAAGCAAAUCUUCCAGAGAACUUUCGUAGACCUCAAACAGAUCAAGCUGUGGAAUUUUUCAUCAGAGAUAAAUAUGAAAAGAAGAAAUACUACGACAAAAAUGCGGUUAAUGUUGCCAGUAUGUCCUCUUCUGAUGUUCUUCAGCCUUUGGCAUCCUCUCCUUCUCUGCAAGCUGCUGCUGCUGAAAAAAGCAAAUUGGAGAAAGAAAAGGAAAAAAAGAAGGAAGAGAAAAAAAGAGAGAAGGAACCUGAAAAACCCUCCAAACCCAUUUCAGCGGAAAAGCCCCAGAAGAAAGAAGAUCAGCAAUUGGAUCUUAAAAAAAGCACCAGUCCGAAAAAAACACCAGAACCCACUGUUGAUCUUCUAGGUCUCGAUGGUCCGGCUGAUGUACCAGUCACAAAUGGGAGUACCACCACUAUCACCUCGCUGAGUGAUGACCUGGAUAUCUUUGGCCCAAUGAUUUCUAAUCCAUUACCAGCAGCAUCGGCAGCAGCAACAGCCACCGCUCCCGUUCCCCCUGUCCAGGCUGCUGCUUCAACCACACCACCCGCGGCUUCCUUAACUGCAGCAUCAGGAGAUCUUGAUCUGUUCACUGAGCAAACCACAAAAUCAGAAGAGUCAACAAAGAAACAACUCUCCAAAGACUCCAUCUUAUCACUGUAUGGCACAGGGACCAUACAGCAACAAAGUGCUCCAGGUAUGUUUAUGGGACCGACGUCUCUGCCGUUUACCUCACAACCACCAACUCAGUUUCAAGCAUUUCCACCCAUGGGAGUUCCUGUGCCUACAGCCACCGGGAUGAUGGGCAGUAUGCUGGGACAGUCCGUGCCGGUCAUGGGACAGAACGCGGGCGUGAUGGUGGGCAUGGGAAUGCCCAAUGGGUUUGUGGGAAGCGCACAAACUGGUGUGAUGGCAGUUCCUCAGAAUGUCAUGGGACCCCAAGGAGGAAUGGUAGGACCGAUUGGCCAACCGCAAAGCAAAUUUGGGCUGCCACAACCUCCACAGCAGCAGCAGCAGCAGCAGCAGCAGCAGUGGAACCUCCCUCAGAUGAAUCAGCAAAUGGCUGGAAUGACUCUCAACAGUGCCAGCAGCGGGAUUGGGUUUGGCCAACCCCCGAAUGCAGCAGCAGGGUGGUCUGGAAGCUCUUCGGGUCAGACUCUUAGCACACAACUGUGGAAAUGAGAGCUGCAGGACAAGUUUCAUCCAGCACCAACCACCUGACAUUCCUUGCCCCAGUGCAUAUAGUUCCCCUGUUUAUUCAUUCACGGACAUAAUCUUUUUUCUCUUCCCCAUGCGCGCGAAUCUCCCCCCCCUCCCCUGCAGUCCCUAAACCCAUUCAUAAUCAGACCACGGUGGUCUCUAUUGAUUAAAUAUGAUGUGGUGAAAAGCAGGUUGAAAAUGCAUUUUGGUCUCACUCCAGUACACAUGAUUUCAUAAACCAUGUCGCCGAGCAGCUGCUCAAGCAACGAACAUAAAAUCAAGUUUAUUAUCAAUAAAAUGAUAGGUCUAAUGUUUCAUAUAAGGGAAGUAGUUAAUCACGUUAGUAAUACCUCUAACAUUAUAAAACCCUGCCCUCAAAUUAGCCAGUAAUCCUGUAGAAGGUACUGUAUGAACAAAUGUUUAAUCAUAUAAAUAGAAUGUAAAUGUAUCACUGAAUACUGUUUUCUAGUGUAUCAAAAUUCCUUUAUUUCAUUAUUCAUUUCACUGUGAUGUGGUUAUGGUGUGCUUAACGGGGAACACGGUUAAUGAAAGGAAGAUAAACCUGGAUACUACUACAAACUUGAGUUCUUAAAAAAAAAAUGCAGGCUAUUUUAUCUGUUUGACUCUCUCCUGUGACCAAGUGUACAAUUUGGAUCUCUUCUUGUGUACAUGGUGCAGUUAGGGAGGACACUGUCUGCACUGGACACAUACAGGGUAACUCUGAAAAGAAUACUUUAGCCCUUGAAGUAUAUCCAGGUUUAUUACAGUAAUUGUGUUUACAUUUUAUGGUGCCUAGUAUUGACAAAAUGUUAUUUCCCUAUAUUAAACAGAUGAAUCCA